UGGGCGGCCGGGCCCAGAGCCCUUCCCAGAUCGGCCGCCAGGGGGUGUGCGGGAGGCAGCGGGAGCUUCGCGCUUUGUCCCGCUGCGCGGCCCGUCGCCCGGCGCCGCGGCGGGAAUAUCCGACUGGGCCAUUCCGGACGCCGCCUCUUUCUGCCUUCGCGCGCCCGUUCGGGGCGACCCGCUGUGAUGGAGGAGGAGGGGGCCGAGGAGCAGCAGCAAUUCUCUUACCGACAGAGGCUAAAGGCAGCAGUUCACUACACUGUUGGUUGUCUUUGUGAGGAAGUUGCAUCAGACAAAGAGAUGGAGUUCAGCAGACAAACCAUUGCUGCGAUUUCGGCGGUGACUUUUCGACAGUGCGAAAAUUUUGCCAAGGAUCUUGAAAUGUUUGCCAGACAUGCAAAAAGAAGCACAAUUAACACUGAAGAUGUGAAGCUCUUAGCCAGGAGGAGUAAUUCACUGUUAAAAUACAUCACCGAGAAAAAUGAAGAGAUAACUCAAUUUAAUGUAGAACGAAAAGCAAAGAAGAAGAAGAAGUUAGAGAAUGAAAACAAAAAUUCAGUGGAGCCAGCAGAGGUUGGAGGAGUGGAAAGUGACAAUUAAACUGUCCCACUGGGGAGAAGCAGCCGUCAACAGGUGGAGCUGCCAUAAAUGUGUACGCCACACAGGGGAUUUGAGGGAAUAAGUGGAGAUUUAAAAAAAGGGGAUUUGAAGGAAUAAGUGGAGAUUAAAAAAAAAAGGUGAGGAGGCUUUUUGUGC